AAACAUCGUAUCACCUAUUUUGUUUAUGUUUUCAUUACCUAUUUGACAAAUGCUGCUACAUCCUUGACAUCAAAAUGCCACCUAAACAAAGAAGAAUAGCUCUUAUGGGUUACAGAUCAGUUGGAAAAUCCUCAUUAACAAUUCAAUAUGUAGAAAAUCAGUUUGUUGAUUCUUAUGAUCCUACCAUAGAAAAUACAUUUCAGAAAACUAUAAAGAUAAGAGGACAGGAUUAUAGUUUACAGUUAGUAGAUACAGCUGGCCAGGAUGAAUAUUCAGUGUUACCUCAGUCCUAUUUUAUGAAUAUUGAUGGUUAUGUUUUAGUAUAUUCGGUCAAUUCUGCCAAGAGUUUAGAUGUAAUCAAAUAUGUAUAUGAUAAAAUAUUAGAUAUGAAAGGGAAUACACAAGUACCAGUUAUUUUAGUAGGUAAUAAAAGUGACCUUAGAAUGGAAAGGGAAAUAUCAGUUGAAGAAGGAAAAAAGAUAGCAGAUUCAUGGAAAUGUCCAUUUUUAGAAGCUUCAGCUAAGGAGAACCAGAGUGUACAAGAUGUAUUCACUCAGAUUUUAAUGACAGUUGAAAGAAUAGAAAAUCAUGUUGGGCAAGAAAAAAGUAGUUGUAUUUUGUCUUAGAAGAAAAGGACUUAAGGAAAGAGCAUAAAUUUUAAAGGACAUUUACAUUGUCUUAAAUGGGAAUCUUUAUUUUUUAUAUAUGUGUCAAAUUUUUCUCAGCUAAGCCACUUUAUAAGGACAGUCUAAGUUAUGGUUUGGUAAAUGUUCAAUUGAUCUGUUUAAGCAACUUGUAUACUAAAUUUUACAGUGGACUUACCUAGUGUCAUAAAUAUACAACAGAAUCCCCCUAUAAUCCAAUAAAUCCAGAAAACUAAGUAAUAAUUCAUUAAACUAAGUAAUUUUGUAACGUGUUUCAAUAAUUAUUUAGUUUAAUGGAUAUACAUCCUUUUAUAUAGAGAUUUGAAUCAUUAGUCAUGGCACCUGGUAAGUCCAACUGAUGAAUACAAUUAUUGACCAAGUUUGAGACUUUAAAAUUUUUUGUCCAUUGUCCAUCCAAGAGGUAGUAUUUGUUUAAUAUUCUCAUUUGCAUUUGUUCAACACCAGAUUUCUUCUGUACUGGUAUAUGACCAUGAAAUUUUAUUGAUUUUCAGACAGGAAGCCCUUAGUGGUUUGAUAAAGAUAACAUGAUUCUUAUGAAAUACAAUUACUAUUAUUAUUAUUAUAUUUAAGGGACAUUUCAGUAGAUGUACCUCAUAAGACUUGUGUUGUCUAUAACAGGCUUACCUUCAGUUAGCAAACAUUUAAAAAAUAUUAAAAUGUGUGCAACUGAACGCAAGGCAGGUGUACAUCAAAGCAUCUAAUAAACUGAAUGCAUUUAUGUAUUUCUAAUUGUUUGUUAUGUACCUUUGUUUAUUGUUUAAACUAGAAUAUUAGAGAUCUACAGGUGUAGUUGGUACAAGUGGUAGCAUUUAAGAUAAAAAGGCAUUUUGAAUUCUCUGAGUUGCCACCUGUUGCAGCUCAUAUAAUGUAAAAUAUGUUUAGGAUAUACAUAUAUAAAUACAGCAUAAGGGCAAAUGUUUUCAUAAUAUGAUUUGCAAUAUUUGAACUAAUGAUUAAGGUAAAUAAGUUAAGUAAUUUAGCUAAUUGAGUAAUUGUUAUGUUAUUGUAUUAUUAUUUGUUUUAAUUUUAUUGAAAUAGAAUAUAGUUUAGCAAGUCAUCAAUAUUGUAAAUUGUAUGUAUAUAAUAAAACAACUAGAAAACU